AUUUCUGGUGUUUGUUUACAAAUUAACCACUUCCGCCCUACUUUCGCAUUGUCUGCCGUCACCAACUGGCUGCAAAAAUGAAACUUUAGCACAGCAAAGAUGACACAGUGUUAAAUAAUAACUUAGUGUGUGAAGUAAUAUUUCUGGCAGUGGAAUUUUUUUUUUAUGUUUCGUAUUCGUAAUGUGAAUGUACGUAGCAUUAGCACGUUAGCAUCCAUCCACGUAAAAUACGAUGCCUCUCGCACCGGCUAAUCAGUCCCAGCUAAUACGUGCUUGUCAGAAGGAUGAAUAUUAUCAAACUUUACUGCGAAACAACACAAAUGAAGCCUUUCAGACGCUUGCAGGAUCAAAACGAUGGCUGGACUGGAGGAAAGAAGUUGAGCUGCUUUCAGACGUUGCCUAUUUUGGUUUAACAACUCUCACAGGCUACCAAACCCUGGGUGAGGAGUACGUCAACAUCAUCCAAGUUGAUCCCAGUCUAAGACGGGUCCCCACCCCAGCCCGGCGAGGAGUCUUCGUCUUCUGUCAUUCAUUCCUGCCCUACCUCCUGGACAAGGUCUUGGUCUGUUUGGAGAACGAGCUAGAAGGCGUAGAGGGGCCCGGCUGGGGGACCAGACGGCGGCAGGUAGCAUCUGGACGGUGGAGCUUGGAGCUUUGGCUGAGGAGAUUCGCGCAGAGGGCUGUGGGACUGCUGUCAGAGCCUCAGAGGAGAAAGUGUUUGCCGGCCGUGUUUGUCCUCCAGCAGACACUGAGCCUCUUGCACAGAUGCCACCUUGCCCUCUUUUACCUCAGCGGCCUUUUCUAUUACCUGUCCAAAAGGACUGCUGGAAUCCGCCACCUGCGUGUCUCGGGGUUGAGGGGCAAUGAUAGGACCAUCAGGACCAGCUACAGGCUCCUGGGAGCUAUCUCCCUCUUCCAUCUGCUCCUGACGUUGUGCUUGCAGCUCAAAAACUUAAGACUGAGACAAAGCGUCAGACAGGAGUGGAAGAUCUACAGACACCUGACUGACAAUCCACCGCAAACCCAGAAGUCAAAGUCCAAGGCCUCUCACUGCAUCCUCUGUCUGGAGGAGCGCAAACACCCGACCUCUACCCCUUGCGGACAUCUUUUCUGCUGGGAAUGCAUCACAGAGUGGUGCGACACCAAGGCUGAGUGCCCGCUGUGCCGUGAGAAGUUCCAGCCUCACAAGCUAUUAUACUUGAGGAACUACAACUAGAGGUCGACGCACGACGCCAUGCUGGUCAACUGUCAUUUAUUCCAAUAUACCUGAAGACAUGACUAACAUGUUGUCUCUGCCAACCUAUGUACUGUAUGUCACUCUGCCAUAGGACAAUGAUGUGCUUUUGUAAAAUAAACAUGUUUGAUUGUAA